UGCACUUCACAUCCAGCCAGAGAGCUGCCAAAGAGACGGAGACGCAAGAAGCAGCAGCAGCUUGACUCUCAGCUCCUCUCCAGCCUCUCUCAGCGCUCUGACCCUUAACCUCAUGGACUAGACUCAUCUGCAGGUGCAUCCGUCAGUACUGGAAACGCUUUUUUUCUUUGGCUGUUGUCUUCUGUUUUUCUCAUCAAGAUGCAGGCACAGCUGGCUUGUGUGCUUCUCCUCUGUUUCACGUGUGGCGCACUUUGCACAGAUGUGGACCAGGAACAGCGAGCGCUAGCAGAGGAGCUCCUAACCAGUCUCUUCACCUCGAAGAUCAAACACAAUAGGCAGAGUGCCCCCUACUGGCACGUGUCCCUGGCUAACCUGUGCCAGCUGGUGGGCGGCCUGAGGCAGGGGGGGUGGAGUGGCGAGGAGGAGGAGGGGCGGGAGGAGGUGGCUGAGCUGAGGAAGGGGAGCCUCCAGCUGCUGGAGGAGCUGUACAACCUUCAACACAUCUGCCAAGGGCUGCAGAGCCGGGAGGAGAGGCUACUCCGAGACUCUGCGGAAUACUCAGAGGAGAGCAGCGACGCUCCGCUGAAACGAAAAUCCCCUUACAUCCUGAAGAGGCAAACCGGGCACAACACCAAGUCGCGGAGGCCGUACAUCUUGAAACGAAGCGUGGUUUACUGACAGCCAUCCCAGAGACAAGAGGACGCUUUAGGGGACCAGAUCACAUGCUCUCUGUGACGACAUUUUUUUUUCUUUUUGUCUUCUCGUGGCUGCAGUGUUUAUUUCUGUUUCUGCUGUGGUUUUGAUCCUGUCAGACCCUCUGAUUGUAUGUGGAGCGCCGAGGCCUGUCGUUAUCCUGCUGCUGAGAAUAAAAUCCUGAGCGUCAUUCAGGCUGGGGUUCUCUGUCAAACUCCAUGUAUUCCUUCUCUUCGAGAGAACCUUUGUUCUGUUUCAGGGUGUGAUUAAAAAAAUUCCUGAUACGAAA